CCGCCGACCCGGAAGGCCCGGCCGAGGCCGCCCCGGAGCGCCGCUGUCGCUGUCCCUGUCGCUGUCCCUGUGCCUGUCCGUGCGGGGGCCGGCGGCUCCCGCUUCGCCGCCGCCAUGGGGAAGUCGUUCGCCAACUUCAUGUGCAAGAAGGAUUUUCAUCCCGCCUCCAAGUCCAACAUCAAGAAGGUAUGGAUGGCAGAACAGAAAAUCUCAUAUGAUAAGAAGAAACAAGAAGAAUUAAUGCAACAGUAUCUGAAAGAACAGGAAUCCUAUGAUAAUAGGUUGCUUAUGGGUGAUGAGCGUGUGAAGAAUGGUCUUAAUUUCAUGUAUGAGGCCCCACCUGGAGCAAAGAAAGAGGAAACAAAAGAGCAAGAAGGAGAGACUGAAUACAAAUUUGAAUGGCAAAAAGUUGCUCCUCGAGAAAAAUACGCCAAGGACGAUAUGAACAUCAGAGAUCAGCCCUUUGGUAUCCAGGUGCGGAAUGUGAGAUGCAUUAAAUGCCACAAGUGGGGUCAUAUAAACACUGAUCGAGAAUGUCCCUUAUUUGGCCUUUCUGGAAUCAAUGCAAGUUCAGUCUCCAGUGAUGGUUCAGGGCCAUCAAUGCACCCCUCGGAGCUAAUAGCGGAGAUGAGAAACAGUGGGUUUGCACUGAAACAAAAUGUACUGGGGAGAAACUUGACCGCAAAUGAUCCAUCACAGGAGUUUGUUACAAGUGAAGGAGAUGACGAUCCGGAAGUUGAAUUUUUGAAAUCACUAUCAACCAAACAAAAACAGAAACUUCUAAGGAAGUUGGAUCGUCUAGAGAAGAAAAAGAAAAAGAAAGAUAGAAAGAAGAAAAAGCAGCAAAAGAAAAAAAGCAAAAGUAAACACAAGAAACAUAAGAUGAGAUCCUCUUCCUCAUCCUCCAGUGAGUCUUCAGUAAGCAGCAGUGACAGCGAGACUGACAGCAGAGAUAAAGCAGCACAAAAGAAGAUGGAUUCUAAGAAAAGAAAAAAAGACAAGUUUUCAGAGGCUAGCAGCAGCAGCGAUUCAGAAGGAAAGGCAAAAACGAGGAAGGAAAAACUUCAUGAAGAUCUCUCCAGUAGUCACGGUAACAAGGACAAAGACAGGGAGAAGUACAGGCUUUUAAAGCGAGAUAGUUCUGCAGAGAACAACAAAUGGAACUCCUGUGAGGGGGAAAGAAAGUCCACAAGCAGAUACCAUAGCACGAACACGAGAGACACUGAAAGAAAGGAGAAGGAUAGUAGAAGCCAAAACAUGAAUGAAGGGAGCGGGAGAAGCCCGUGCUCAAAUCACAGCAGUUCCAGGCAAAGGCACAUAAGAAGUCCAAGUCAAAGCCCUGGUGAAGAGCGGCACAGGAAAAAGGACACCAGAAGCCCCAGCACAGAUGUACACAGAGAGAGGGGAAAAUGUAGAGAAGGCUAUGGGGACAAGUGCGGUAAAGUGGAACACAGAGAAAGGAGCAGACGCAGUAGAAGUAGAAGCAGAAGCAGAGAGAGGAAAAAAAAUAGAUAGUAGAGGGGACAGGUGCAAACAAGAAUUUCUCUGGGUUUUGAUGAAUACCUUUUAACAAGGGCUCAAUUACAUACUGCUGUUCAUUUUCCGACCUCUGGAAAUGAACAUUUCCUACAUAAAGCCAACAGCUUUAUGUCUGGUUCAAUUCUAUUGUGUUGGAAUAUUUGUAAAUCAGGUAUAAACGUUAAGGUAUUUUUUUACUGUCUAAAUAUGCUUAUUGGCAAAUACUUCUUGUAUACAUGCAGUAAUUCAUAAACCUGAUUUUAGGAUCUUAAAAUAUUUAAAAGCAGUAUGUGAUACUCUUGGUUUCAUCCAUUAUUUCUGUUUAGAUGCAACUGCGAGGGGGAUCAGAGAAAGCAUUUGAGAUAGUUCUGGAUCAGAUCACUGCUUUAGAUAUCAAAGCAUUGUCUUGUAGAGGGUUUUGUUUUUUUCAUACCAAAACAUUUUUCUUAAAGUUCCCUGUAAGAGAUCAAUUUCAUGAGUUAAAACAACAGAGAGACAUAGUUCACAUAAGUGUAUAGCCAACAUUUUUUGGCCGCCUGCAGUGUACAGCUUGGUCAGGGCUAUCUAAACAUCUUGACCCCCUGUUGGUAUGUGUCAGUACAAUGUCAAGUUAUUGUUCAAUAAUCUCUCAAGACAUGAAAGGAAUAUUUACUGCCUCAACUGUUUCAGGUAUUUCAUUGUUUGUGGUAGUAAGUUAGUGUAAAUAGUCAUCCUUUUGUUUUCAUUAACCUUUUUGUGUUUUUAGUGGUUGUCAGUCAUUUUCUGCAUACGUUGUUAUGAAGAUGAACUUCCAUAAUAAAAUACCUAAUUCUUUAAAACCAGUAAUAA